AUGAGCUCGCUAUCUCCAAAUCAGAUCCAGAAACUCGCUGCCGAGCUGAAAGCGCUCAACGAGGCCUUCGACAAAAGCAAACCCAAAAAGAGUUGGGACUGGGACAAAGCGGCGCUUGUGAAGAUCUGGGAGAAAGCCAACCCAAUCCGCCAACACCGCUGGGAGGAGGACCUCUCCCCAAAGAUCAACUGGCUGGGCAAGGAGCUCAACAAGGAGGAGCACUUCUACGAACUCUCGGGCCGUCCGAAAGGCGUAUACGGACGGUUCUCGAAGAAUGCAAUCUGGAAGGGUUUCUGGCUCCAGGAGCAGGGCAAGAGCUGGUUCCACCAACAGGGGUUUACUGCGUACAGGAUCCCCUUCGCAUAUACGGAUACUUGGGAUAAGCAGGUUCUGGAGCUGGGUAUCCUUAUACCCCACAAUCUCGAUCGGACGAGGCGAAUUGGCUCGCACGUAAAGUUCCACGGUGGAGGUUGCACGACCGGCGACUGCCUCUUCGAGCCCUGGUUCGCCGAGCACAUCCUGCGGCACGCGCGCGCCAACAACAUCAUCCUCCUCUGCCCUAACUACCGCCUCAUGCCCGAAGCCAACGGCGCCGCCAUCCUGCAAGACAUCGACCAGUUCUGGGACUUCUACCUGAACUGCCCCUAUCUGACGGAAUUCUUCCAGGAAGUUGGGAAGGUUGAACUGGACAGAGAGCAGUCGCUCAUCUCGGGUGAGAGCGCGGGCGUGUAUUGCGCGGUGGCGUCCUGGCUCAGGCAUAGUGACAAGCUCUCGAUUCUCGCGCUGUACCUCCAGUACGGCAUGCUUGCCUACUAUGAGCGGGUCUUCCCGUGCGACGCCCCGGGGUUCGACGAGGAAAGUUAUCGUGCGAGUCAGGUGGGCGAAGUGUUGAAAUUGGCUCCCGACGAACUGGUCUACAUGGGUCAUCCAGUUAAGAAAGAAGAGGUCAACAAGCGAGCGAAGGAACUCAUGGACGCAGUCCAAAAACUUGAAGCCGUCGGACAGCUCCCGACUUGCACAGGACGCGCUCCCCCCAAUGGGAUGCUUGCCGCGUUCACCACGUCGACGUCUCCGCCUGCCUGGCGAGAGUGCCUCCAACGCGGCGGCACACAGACGCCAGAUAUCAUCAACAUGCUGAAGGAGAAAAAGGACCCGCCGAAGAACUUUCCGCCCAUGUUCCUCUACCACGGCCACGACGACCCCAACUGCCCGAUUGAGAAGAACAGCCAAGCACUCGUCGACCUGUGCUGCGAGCUGUUCCCGAAGCACUAUAUCAAGAACGCGAAGGAUCCCAAGAUCGUGCUGAAGACAGUUACGGAGAUCAGGGCCAAGGAUAAAGACGGGAAGCCGGAGUUGAAGAAGAAGGUGGGACACGGAUUCGAUUAUCCCCUGCAUGAGGACUGGAACCCGUUUAUCGCGGAGGGAAUCAAGUUCAUUAACUCCCAUUGGCAAGCUGCCCAGUCGGCUGGAUCUUAA